UUUGCGUGAUAAGUGGGAGGAGACAUACACACAAUUUUUAAGCAGACUUUUUCUUUGAUUAUAAUAUCGAGUGAUGUCAUGUGCGUUAUGACCGGCGACUCAUACCAUACACACACACAUACAGACAGACAGACAGACAGAUACUACCGGAGCCCACAAUAAUUGAUUCAUUUUUUCUUUUUUUGUUGUUAUUGUUUUAGUUGAUCCCAUAAUUAAUUGGUUAAAUAAUAGGAUCCGUUUGACAAAACCGCCAAAUAAUAGUAUAGUCUUUGAUUAAUUGGUUGAUAUCAUUAGUUUCCUGAAGUAUUGACAUCAUUGACGAAGAAGUUGUGGUUGAAAUUGAUUUCACCCGUCAUAUGAACUGCUUUUUGUAUAUUAUUAUUAUUAUCUCUUCUGUUCACUUCACACGUGUGUUCUCCACUUAGUCCGUAAAAUGGCUAAACAAGAUGACAAAAUCGACAACAAUAUUGAAGAUAACACGACAACGUCUGAAUUGGCUGAAGAAGAUAAUUUGAUUUCAUUUGUUUUUAACUUUGCAUGUGAUUACCAGAUGCACGACUCAGAGAGACCUAUUGAAGAGGUCAAAAGACCGCCGGCAAAUAAUGCCAUUUGUUCGGCCACCGGUCUAAUGAUUGACCAGAAAAAAGAGAAAAAAGUUUCGCCAUCACCACCGCCAUCACCAUCACCACCGCCAUCACCAUCACAACCGCCAUCACCAUCACCACCGCCAUCAUCAGCAACAAAACCUGUUGUGAUUGCCAGCUCUCAAUCACCCAAAACUAUUAAACAAAGAGAAGACAGAGACAGGAAAGAAUUGAAGGCUGAAAGAGACGCCGAAAGAAAGAAAAAAGAAAGAAAGAAAAAAGAAAGACAUUAAUGUUGGUCCCGUACCUGUUCUGGUGAUGAGUUUGGUAUUUAUCGCAUCAGUUUUUAUGCUUCACAUUUGGGGCAAAUAUACCCGUUCUUAAGGCACCUUUGGUUAGCAUUUUUAGUGGUCGUGUAUUUGUAUCAAUCCAUUAACCGAUUUAUUAACCGAAAGUUUUUAUUAUAAUUUUUUUUAUUAUAACUAUAUUUUCAUAUAAUAAUUAUUGAAUGAAAAAUACCGAUUAUUAUCUAAUUUGUUGUUUUAAUUUUUGUCGGACCAAACAAUUUUGAAUGUAUAUUAAUAUGAAAAAAUAAUUAUUAAAUUAAAAAGAAAUUGA